AUGUAUAACUCAACAGUGAACUUCACUACACCAGAGGCUUCUAUCAACUCCACAACUCCUUUCAUUGGUUUAAUAGCCUGUUUAAAGAUUUGUGUGUACAGCUUUGGUUUAUUGUUUGGUCUUCCUAUACAAUUCUACGUGAUAUAUCUCAUCAUCACAGAGUCAAGAAGCAGAAUCACGUCCGAGUUCUUAAACCUCAAUCUCUCUGUUUGUGAAAGUAUUAAUUUUCUAAAUUGUUUGGUUUAUAUGAUGUCAGUUUGGUUUUCAAGUCUCUUAAAAGUCGCAUAUUCUAUAUCAGGAAUAGGCAUCACCGGCCGUCCUCUGUUUGAGGGUCUGAUCUGUGUCGAGCGUUACCUGGCUGUGGUUCAUCCUGUAACCUUUCUGAAGUACAAACCUCUCAGAUACAGACUGAUGUGUUGUGCUGUUGCCUGGAUCAUCAGUAUUGGAUCAUGUUUUGCAUGCAGGUUUCUUGCAGGCUCGCAAGACUUUGUCGGACAUUCGUGGUUUGUCUCCAUUCAGUUCUUCAUCCUUCUCUCCAUUCAGUUGUUUUGUUGUGUGGCUGUUCUCAGAGCUCUAAAGCAGUCAGGACCAGGAGAGAGAGGAAGAGAGAAAGAGGAGGAAAACCACAUGAAGAGAAGAGCAUUUAAUCUUAUUCUAAUAAUUACUGUAAACAUGGUUAAUGUAUAUGUCCCAAUUAUGAUAACUGGAGGUAUUAUCAUUCUCACACAACAGAAUACUCAGGAAGUUUGGCUUCCCUCCAUUAUCUGUUACGUUCUGGCUGGUUUUGUGCAUCCGGUUCUUUAUCUAUACAGAGCAGGAAAACUCUCCUGCCUUCACAAAAAUGGUUUUUAA